AUGACGACGCCCGUGUCCGAGCUAUGGCUGUACUUGGACGCCAUUACAGGCCAACAGAAAGGACCUGUGUCGACCAAAAUCCUCAAAAAGCUUUUGCGCAAGGGAAUUAUACAAUUACAACAAUUAGUGUGGACAAAACGUCUCUCGGAAUGGACGGCAAUAGCUAAUGUGGAGCCGUUGGCAACCUAUUGUCGUGUUUGGACAAUGCUUUUUGUCGAUGGACAAGUAGACGGUAUGACACUUGUCUGGAAUCAUGAAUUGGAUGGGUGGAAACCUAUUGGUGACGUGCCAUCAUUGAAAGAGUAUCUACAAGAAGCCAACAAUGAGUUGGAUCGUGACGCGAAGUUGCAAGAAAAAGCAAGUGAAGUGCCUGUUGAAUACCAAGUGUUUGAAAACAAAUCAACUGACGCUUUCAUUGCUGAAGAUGGCAAGCAAUAUGUGUUUGACGCUGAGUUCAAGAUGUAUAUUACGCCUGAAGAAAAGAUUGAGGAAGAGCUGGCGUCUUUACAAGAAGAGCUUGUAGUAAAAGCGAAGGCAGAGAAAAACGAGAUGGGUCAGCCAAGGGCGAAAGACGGCAAUACGGAUAAGGAUCGACCAGAGACUGAUCGAAAUAAAAAGCUGCUUGCACCCACUGUGUCGACAACAUUCUCUAAUGAAGCAAACGUGGAUACGGAUUCUGUUAAAAAGCGAAAAAAGAAGAAGAAAAGCGACAAGUGGAAACGAAGCAAAAAAAAUACAUGGGCCUAUGUGAACGGCUUACCACUAGAUGUCACGGUGCAAGAGGUGCACGAUCAUUUUGCAAAAUGUGGCGUAAUCCAGCUGGACAUUGUAACUGGUGAACCGCGCAUCAAGCUUUAUCAAAACCGAGAGAGCGGGGGGUUGAACGGCGACGGGGCAGUUUGCUAUAUGAAGGAAGCAUCGGUAGAGCUAGCCGUACAACUACUCGACAAAUCUCGGAUCCGACCUGAUUGGCCUAUCGACGUAUCCCCUGCAGAGUUUCAGCAAAAAGGAGCAGAGUUUGUGAAGCGAAAGAAGAAGAAGAUCGAUACACGCGCCAAGAUUAAAAUGUUUGAGAAGGAAAAGGCUUUGUCCUGGAAUGAAGGUGAAAUUAAUGAGCCAGGUGGCUUGCGCAUUGUGGUUAUUAAGCACUUGUUUACCCCUGCUGAAAUUGAAGACGAAACAUAUGAACAAGAACUGCAAGAAGAUAUUCAUGACGAAUGCUCCAAGAUCGGUGAGGUGUCCAAGAUCACGCUUUUUGCGAAGCAUGUGGACGGCGUGGUGGUAAUUAAAUUUGCUUCAAGUGGGUCUGCCGCUCGAUGUGUCGAAAUUAUGAACGGACGGUUCUUUGCUGGCCGUCAACUUGAGUGUAAGUUUUGGAGUGGUACAGACUAUACCUACCGCGAAAGUAAGAAUGAGGAGAAAGAGCGUGCAGACAAAUUUCACGAGUGGCUGGAGGAAGGUUCGUCGUCGUCUGAUAGUGAAGCUAACGACGAAGAGCUGAGGAAGCAAGACGAGAAAUUAUUAUAG